GAAUUAAGAUACUAAGAUCAAGAAUGGUGAGAAAUUACCAGAGAAAAACUCAAAGGGCUUCUUAUGGAGCUCAGAAUUUAACAGAAGCUUUAACAGCUCUUAAUGAUGGUGUGUCACUUAAAACUACAUCUAAAAAAUUCAACAUUCCUCCCAAAACAUUAAGGCGACACAGAGACUCCAAAGUUCAAAAGCCUGGAUCCAUCAUACUUGGACGUUUUAGGAGAGAUUUUAGUGAAGCAGAGGAAUUGGACUUAGUGGAUAUUAUUACUAAAAUGGAGCAAUCGGUCUUCAGAUUAAGCCCUCUUGACAUCCGUAAAUUGGCCUAUGAGUUUGCCACAAAUUUAGGCAUAAAGCACAGAUUCAACACUAAAACCAAAAUUGCUGGAAAAGAUUGGCUUUGCGGGUUUUUAAAAAGACACCAACAACAGUUGUCUGUCUGCAAACCUGAGGCUUUCACCAAUUUAAAACAUGUUGGUUUUGACAGGUCACAAUUACAGGAAAAUUGUAAACAACAUUUAAGAAACAAGAAUUUAAUUAUGUCCCACAAUGAGCAAGAUCUUAAAAUAACAAUGAAAAGUGAAAGUGAAGAUAUCAAUAAAACAUCAAUGACACAUUCAACAGAAAAACAAUCUCAUAAACUAUCAGCAGAUAAAAAGCAAGAUUUUGCUACUCAUCUAAAAAGUGGAAUAAAAAUGGAAAUGGAAGAUAUUGAUGAAACAGCUUCAACACUUUCAACAGAAAAAAACCAUAAAUCAUCAACUGAUAUAAAGCAAGACUUUACUCAUCAAUUCAAAAGUGACAUUAAAAUUGAAAAACAAGAAAUAAAUGAAAAUGUUUUGCUAUCACUGUUGUUAGAUAAACAAACUCUUAGAAUUUUGACUGAUGAAAAACCAGAUUUUACUCUUGAACUGAAAAAUGAAAUAAAAAUUGAAAAAGAAGAAAUUGACGAAACAAAUGUGUUCAAACAGAAAUCAAACAACAAUGUUAAUGACCACUCGUAUGAAGAAAUCUUUAAACCGGGUAUCAGAAAUAUUUUUUCAUGAAAGAGACUGACCUGAAUUUUGAAAAAACAAAACAAAAUAACGUUGUCGGGAAAUAGUAGAUGAUGAAAGAAAAAGUCAUGCUACUGACAAAUUGUUUCCCUGUGAAAUAUGCAAGAUAGAGUUGACCACACUUAGACCAAUAUGAAAUCCCACCCACUGUUAUGUACAGGUGAAAAACAAAACCAAUGUAUCAUAGGUCGAAAAACAAUUUCAACAAGUUACAUCAAUAAACAAAAUACUGGUGGAAAACUUUAUGACUGUUUAAUUUGGCUCUGCUUUUUAUUCUUAUUUAAGAAUAAACCAGGUGUUACAUACUUAUAAUAAACUUUAUAA